GCUCCUCUUUCUCCUCCACCUCCUUUUUUUUCCAGAUUCCUGCGCUCUCUGUCACCAACUGCACUCCAAACUGACAGGACUGCUGGUGGAGAAGAGGGGAAAAUGCUACAUUUGACAUUUUAACGACAUUCAAGGCCAAAUAUUUUAUUUUUCCUUUAUUUUGAAGGAUUUUUCUUUUCAUCCAGGAGGGUUCUCUGAGGGAGGAGAAGAACAUGGAUGUUCAGGACAAGAGGGUUUUUUAACGGUUUGGAUUGUUGAAACCCUUGAAGAGGCAACAGGCAUGGUUUUAAUGUAGCAGUUAUUUAAACUCAUCACCCUGCGAUUAUUUUUUUUAAAGAUUUGAUUUUCAGCUGAAGAAGGAAUUUCUUUGAGUGGGAUAAAGAUGGCUCAUUUAAUCCGACACAAGAUCACCAACAAGCUGACCAACGCGGCCCACACGGUCUCCAACAAGUCCCAGGCCAAGGUCAGCGGGAUGUUCGCCCGGAUGGGCUUCCAGGCCGCCACGGACGAGGAGGGUCUGGGCUUCGCCGAGUGCGACGACCUGGACUACGACUACAGGCAGGGGAUGCAGAUGGAUGUCCUCCGCGGGGAGGAGGAGGAAGAAGGGGGGGAAGCGGGGGGAGAGGGGGAUCUGGACGGGGACAGCCACUACCAGAGGGACGGGAAGGGUCCCAGGGCGCUGAAAUCUGGAGGGUCUCUGGAGGAGGAUAAACCCAAAAUCACCUCAUGGGAGGCUGGGUGGAACGUGACCAACGCCAUCCAGGGCAUGUUCGUCCUCGGCCUGCCGUACGCCAUCCUCCACGGCGGCUACCUCGGCCUCUUCCUCAUCAUCUUCGCCGCCGUGGUGUGCUGCUACACGGGCAAGAUCCUCAUCGCCUGCCUGUACGAGGAGAACGAGGACGGCGUGAAGGAGCGCGUCCGGGAUUCGUACGUGGACAUCGCCAACGCGUGCUGCGCGCCCCGCUUCCCGCGGCUGGGCGGCCACGUGGUGAACGUGGCGCAGAUCAUCGAGCUGGUCAUGACGUGCAUCCUGUACGUGGUGGUCAGCGGGAACCUGAUGUACAACAGCUUCCCGGGCUUCCCCGUGUCGCAGAAGGCCUGGUCGGUGCUGGCCACGGCCGCGCUGCUGCCGUGCGCCUUCCUGAAGAACCUGAAGGCCGUGUCCAAGUUCAGCCUCCUCUGCACGCUGGCGCACUUCGUCAUCAACGUCCUGGUCAUCGCCUACUGUCUGUCCAGGGCGCGCGAGUGGGCCUGGGAGAAGGUCAAGUUCUACAUCGACGUGAAGAAGUUCCCCAUCUCCAUCGGCAUCAUCGUGUUCAGCUACACGUCGCAGAUCUUCCUGCCCUCCCUGGAGGGGAACAUGCAGAGGCCCAGCGAGUUCCACUGCAUGAUGGAGUGGACGCACAUCGCCGCGUGCGUCCUCAAGGGCCUCUUCGCCCUGGUGGCCUACCUGACGUGGGCGGACGCCACCAAGGAGGUGAUCACGGAUAACCUGCCGUCCACCAUCCGGGCCGUGGUCAACCUCUUCCUGGUCGCCAAGGCGCUGCUCUCCUACCCGCUGCCGUUCUUCGCCGCCGUGGAGGUCCUGGAGAAAUCUCUGUUCCAGGACGGAGGCAGAGCCCUCUUUCCUGACUGCUACGGCCCCGGCGGGCAUUUAAAAACCUGGGGUCUGGGACUUCGCGUGGCACUGGUGGUCUUUACCCUGCUCAUGGCCGUGUUUGUCCCUCACUUCGCGCUGCUCAUGGGUCUAACUGGGAGCCUGACGGGCGCCGGCCUGUGCUUCCUCCUGCCCAGCCUCUUCCACCUGAAGCUCCAGUGGAGGAACCUCCUGUGGCACCAUGUCUUCUUUGACAUCGCCAUUUUUGUUAUUGGAGGUGUGUGCGCCAUUUCUGGCUUCAUUCAUUCAAUCGAAGGGCUCAUAGAGGCCUUCAGGUAUGACAUCCACGACUGAGCGCUCCAGAGAUGACCUCUGAAAAAAAAAUAGACAAGGAUGCAGACUUUUGAACAUAAAGGAGAAUAUUCUGUGUGAAAUGUACAUCUUUUUUAUUUUUUGCCUUUGUGAUUAUGUGCAAUAAUAAUAAUAAUAAUAAACUCUACAGUUAUAGUGUAAUAGUCUCAUUCCAGAAAGUGUUUCCAAGAAUGGAACAAGUGAAUCGUUUUGGGAAAAUUUCAAUGAAAAGUAUCAAAAUGUGAGUGUGUUUGUGUUCAAAUGAUGUGUGGAAAAGCUGCUCAAUAAUCAGAGAAAACAGGAGGCCAUCUGAUAACCUAAAUAACUUCUGUGUAGUGCUUUGAGAAGAAGAAUAUUUCUGUUGGUUUUUUGUGUUUUCUGCUGAUUGAAGUUCUCAUUGGCUCGUUUUGUUCUGGUGUUUCAGUCGUUAAUCUGGAUGAAGUGCAAGCAAUUGUUCUAUACACGUGCGUUUUGUUCCCAGUGAACGUAUUAAAUGUGAUUUAAUGGAACUAAACAUGGUGUGUGAGACAAUCUGUCGAAUUAAGAGAAAAAUAAAUCAGAUAUUUUAUGGCCGGUGAGUCGAAUGCUUUCUUUUUUGUCGUUGUUGUUCGGGGUGACUGACUCUGUUGUACUUCCUGUUUUUAAAGGUUAAUGAAUAAACUUCCUCUUUUGAAGAAAGCGCUUCAAAGAUGAGACUGAA